CGCAAGGUUGUGCUUACCAAGGGAUUGCCUGAUCCUCCUGAUCAGUCAACCAAGUGACUCCGGUAUGCAGAGAUAACCGGCGUCGUCGUACGGGGUCAGCAAUCGUACGUUCCGCACGCAUCGCACUCUGGCGCCUCGCUAGAAUACAAGUGCACUUUGGCUUGGGUGGAAGCGAAUUCAUCUCGAAGAGCAGCGGAAGCCUUGUCCUCCUCGUUCCCUCGCGCGUCAUCUUCCCCCACCAUGUCGACAUCCGCAGGGCCGUCUUCCCAGCGAGAUCCCCCAUCAUCAUCUACCCCUGCAGCCCAGCUCGCCUCUUCCUCUUUCCAACCUACCACCUUCUCCGCUGAGAGCUACUUCGCCACGCAGCCAGCGCCGGCGACGCUCGCCCGCGAUCUAGAGGGUGUACGCGCUUUUGUCAAGCGAUGUCGGGAGCGGGGACAGAGGGUGGUGUUGAUCACGAGCGGCGGCACAACGGUUCCCCUUGAGCUCAAUGUCGUCCGCUUCCUCGACAACUUCAGCGCCGGGACGCGUGGCGCGACCUCCGCGGAGUACUUCCUGAAGGCCGGCUACGCGGUCAUCUUCAUGCACCGGCAGUUCAGCCUGCAGCCCUUCAGCCGGCACUACUCGCACUCAACUAACCCCUUCCUGGACCUCCUGGAGAUCCACGAAGACCCGAACGAUCCUCUGAAGAAACAGAUCACGGUGGCGCCACCGCGGCGGGAAGAGCUUCUCGAGGUCCUGGCCGCGUACAAGGACGUGCAUGAUCGCGGCAUGAUACAUACGCUGACGUUCGUGACGGUCAACGACUACUUGUGGCUAUUGCGUGCCGUGAGCAAGGAGCUGGCGGGGAUGGGGAGGGACGUGCUGUAUUACUUGGCUGCCGCCGUCAGCGAUUUCUUCCUGCCCACGCAGAAGAUGUCCGUACACAAGAUCCAAUCCGGCAAGGGCAGCCUACAAAUCGAGAUGGACCAAGUACCGAAGAUCCUGAAGCCGAUGGUCGACGAGUGGACACCAGACGGAUACGUCGUGUCCUUCAAGCUCGAAACCGACCCCGCGCUUCUCAUCCCGAAAGCCCAAGCCGCGCUCGAGCGAUACGGCCACCAGGUCGUCAUCGGCAACGACCUCAACCGGCGCAAGUUUGAAGUCGUCUUCGUUACUCGCGCAGGGCAGCAGAAGAGCGGCGAGUUCGAGGAGACCUGGCUGCGCAUCGACCCGGAUGCCGCCAACCAUCACGACAAGGAGAUUGAAGAGGACAUCGUGCGGGAGCUGGUUAGGCGGCACGAGGAGUGGAUACAGGGGAAGCAGGCGUGAGGUGGAAGUCGUCGGUGCGCAUAAUGCGCGAAUGUAUAACAAGUAUAACACACCCACUGCUCAAUACUAUGGGCGUGCUCAAAUCGACCUUGAAUGUCGGACUCGCCAUAAGAGACCAGAACACUCCCAGCGAAAUCCUACUGUAUUCUCGUCACCUGUACAGGGAAUACAGCUGUCUUAUAUACAAGCAAAGCACCAUGAGAGCA